AUGCUUGCCUUUCCCAACGCCAACGAGGGCUUUCCCGAGUUAUCCGCCGCGACUUCUCAUCAAGUUACGGCUGAGGAACUAGUCACAGUUGUCGACUUUGGUGCUGAGGCAGUGAAAGAUUUUAUCGAGAAUAAAUAUCCUCCUCUUAUCCCUGGGGUUACUCGACAUGCAACAAACCACAUUGUUGACAGAGACAACGAAACUGGAGGAGUGGUUGUACGUUAUCACAUGGCGUUGGUUCGCCAGGCUUGGCCGGAAGAGGCUGGCAAGGUUACCACGAAGGACGCGUUCGAAGUCACCGGCUUGCCCGGGAUUUGGAUUUACUCUGCAGUAGUGGACAGACUGAGGAUGACGGAUGACGGAUGGAAGCUCUACUCAAGAGUCAAUGGGUCCACAGUGGUCAACAAAAGUCUUAAUCCUGGAGCUUCCGAAGCUUUUAAGAAAAAUGUGGACUAG